CAUACGUUCGUGAAAACAUUGUGUCUCUCAAAGGUUGUACAGACGGGCAGUGAUUGAGUGGACGGGCAGUGAUGUCCCGCAACGUGUGUUGUGUGAAGUCGUGCACAAACACCAAACACGAGAAGCCGACCCUUUCUUUCCACAAUUUCCCCACAAGAGAGCCCAUAAGGUGUAAGAAAUGGGUUGAGUUUUGUGAGAACGAGACGCUCAGCAAACUGUUUGACACAAAUGACCCAAAACUGGAGCACAAAUCCAUUUGUUCCCAACAUUUCGAAGACAACAAAUACAAUAACCCCAUGAAAAAGAUCCGGCUUAUGUGUAAUGCAUUGCCUACCAUUAAAUGCUGUCACUUGAAAGAUAUUCAUACAAUAGUAGUCAAUACAACCAAUGAAACGCAAAGCCAACCACCGGUUCAGGUGAUAUCAGCGCAACUCCUUCUGCGGACUAAUUUGUCGAGGAGUUGGCGAUCGAGUGCUCAGUAUUUGACCGAAAAUGAGACACAAGAUCAGUGCUCUGCACAGGAAUCCAAACUCAAGUCUAAAUCAAAUCCUAUUAUAAAACACUAUUCGGAGAGACAUUUGCGAUAUGAAAGUGAAAUCAAGAAUCUUAGGGAUAAACUUAAGAAAAGCAAAAAACAAGUUAUGAAUUUGCGCUAUCGUCUUAAGAGAACGGAAGCGAUCGGAAACACAAAGAAAUCGAAACUAAAUUAUAUUAUAAAAAGUAUUAAAGGUUUGGGCGAAGAGGCGUUGAAUCCCGUGAUGUCUGAGAUAAUUGAGUAUCACUUGACGGCCGCUUUUCUUAACAAGACUCGAGUCCAGAAGUGGUCCAACAAAAUGAAGAAAUUUUGUGCUGAUCUCUACCACAAGAGUCCGUCUGCUUAUUGUUUGCUUCAAAAAACACUGACUCUUCCGACAAAGAAGACUAUCCUUAAGUUUACUGAAGAACGCAUCCAAAACACCAAAAACGAUAAUUUUAAACAAAUGGUAAACGAUUUAAAUACAGAUAAUAUGGACAGUAAUGUGAGUGAAUUGAUUAAGAAAUUCACGGAACAACAGUACUGA